GUUUUGUAAUGCCAAAAUUAAGUAAUCUUCCUCUGGGAGUAUCAUAUUCUUGAGCACCAAAAAAUGAGGAGUGCUUGUUAAAAUUCCCUCCUAAGAGCACACCACAAUUUGGAAAUUUGACGUGCAGAUCAAAAAGAUUUUCGAGGUUUCGAAGUGAAGACCGCCUUCUGUUGUCUGGUGGGAUAUAUACUGAAACUAUGAUUAAGAAGUUUUAUCCCUAAUUGUUCCCAGAUUUGUUUUCAGAUUAGGCUGCACUGAUAGUAACAGGUUCACCUUUGUAACCUUCCGUUCUCAGUUUGACGUGUUAAAUUUUUCGUAAAAUUUCAUUAAUUUACAUUGAUUUUUACAAAGUAAAUUUAAAAUGGUAGUAGCAGACACUCCAGUUGUUAUUCAAGAUGAAAAUCAAGAACAUGAAGAGGAAACAGUUACAAAGACUGGGCCAGUUUAUUCUUUAGAAAUAUUGAAAAUAAUUACUGACUGCCAGCAGCAACAUGGACUGCGUCAUAGUGACUAUCAACGAUAUAGGGGUUAUUGCACCAGAAGAAUCCAAAGAUUGAGGCAGACCCUUCAUUUCCCACAAGGCGAUAAAAGACAUUUCAAACGUAAAGAUGUGACCGAAACACAUCUUAAAGAUGAAAGGUUUUUGCAUAUUCCUUUGAUGUUGUCUGAACGGGCAUGGGGAUACGCCAUGCAGUUGCGCCAAGAAGCCAAUACUGAACCUAGGAAGAGAUUUCAUUUGGCCUCUAAGUUGAGAAAGGCAGUCAAAUAUGCUGAACAGUUAGAACAAUUGUGCCAGUCAGAACUAUGUGACGCCAGAUCGAAACUAGAAGCACAAGCUUACAUUGCUUGGAUGAGAGCAAGCCUUCAUUUUGAACUUCAUGUGUGGAAGAAUGCUCUUGAUUAUUUCCAGCAGGCUCAGGUUGUUUAUGAAAAGUUAUGUGGUGUUGUGAAGGAAACUGACCUGCCUAUUUAUAAGCAUAAGUGCGAUGAAUUAAUUCCGAACCUGAGGUAUUGCGCUUAUUCAAUUGGCGAUUCUUCUGCAAUUACAGACCUUAAAGAUCUUCGUGGAAUAGCUCAUGGUGAUAUUUUGGAUAAACUUGAUCACCUGAUGCUUGAAGCACGUGCCAAAGAUGGAUCUGGGGUUGCAGAAGUUGAAUGGCUAGGUUAUAAAAUUUCUGUCAGACCUGCUGAAGUUGGAAGUUUCCUACUUGCUGACCAGGAAUUGCAAAUCGAAUCACCUGGUGGGCAAGCUGAGGUUGAUCUUCUUGAAAGGCAUGUCAUCCGUUGCAAAGAUGCUAUUUCAGCUGUGAGGGAUGUCAUUUUGGCAGAACAGGGUGGAAAAUUAAAAACAGAAGGUCAUCCUCUUCAAAUUCUUCUGUCAUAUCUGACAUACAUACGCUUGUCACGUUCGAAUGAACGUGUCAGAAUAAUGAUUGAACUAGCUAAGGUUGAACAAGAAGCUGCAGGACAGGAAACAGAACCAGAAAGCCAAGAUUUAUUAGGCGAGGUGAAGAAAGGUAAACCUCAUGAACUAAUACGGUUGUAUGAAGUGAUUUUACAAAACUUGAAUGAGAUGCAACAGCUGAAUGGCCUCGAAAACAAUGAUGAUUUCCAAGCUGAGAUGGAUUCUACAAUCACUGCCUACAAGGCCUUUAGAUGUUAUUAUAUUGGAGAGAUAUUGACGACAACUAAAAAGUUUCGUGAAGCACUUGCUCUGUACGAUAAAGGCCUUAGAUAUUUGUCUGGCCUAAAUUCUUCAAAGGUCCAAGCUGAAGUGAAAGGAGAGCUGGAGACUUUAGAAGUGAGGAUAAAGAUGUCUCGUUGUAUAUGCAUAGCCCAAGGGGUCCUCCAGAACGAAGCGACUAAGGCAGCCGACUCCAGUGAUAGUUCUGCUCCAAACAUCCAUCAGGAUCCUAAGGCAUUGAUCAAGGAUUUUUUAAAUCUGUUUCAGGUGCCAUUAAUUGAUAGGCUAGAAGUGUAUUAUCAAGAUCCUAAUCUUAUGUCUAAAAAAGCAAAUUUGAUAAAACUGCCACCAGACCUUGAACUGCUGAUGUGCAAACCUUUGUUCUUCGAUGUUGCCCAGAAUUAUGUCAAAUUUCCAAAUAUGGAUGCAGAAAAGAAAGUUACUGAAAACCAAGGGCAACAGCCUGGCCAGGGUUUGACUGGAUUUGUUAAAGGCCUUUGGGGUUGGGGUGCUACCAAGAAAUAAGUUCAUUGGUUUUUUUUUUAUUUUUUUUUUCAAUUAUGAUAAUUAAAAUUUAUCUUCAAAUUAAAAUCCCGUAUUCUUGUUUCAAAUGUACCAUAAUUACAUUAAUUUAGUCGUUUAUUGUUAUGAGCUUAUCAAUUUUUUUAAAAUGAGAGCAUUAUUUUUAUUUCAGUUAUUAGUAAAUAAAAUUUUCUUUAUGAUUAUAUUUUAUAAUUUUUUACUACAUAUCAUACAUUUUUUUUAUAUUAUAUAAUUAUUAAUUUUUUAAUUAUUAGUGUGACAUUACUUUUGAUUUGUUUCUCCUCCUUUGGAAAAUCUUAUCCGUUUAUAUUUGGACAUCUUACCAUCUGAACAUUCCUAUCCUCCUAUCAAAUGUAAAAUAUUGUAUAAUAAAAAUUGUGAUUUUUGUUACAAAUUAAAAAAUUAUCUAUUACAAUAAUUUCUGUAUUAGAACUAUGUUCAACAUAGAUUACUACUUGUGAAAAAGUAUCUUAUGUAUCUAAUAGUUAUUCAGAAUAUAUUUGAGAAAUCACUUGUAGUAUAAAUUUUGAAAUAAUAAAACUUUUAUUAAGAA